UCCAUGGGAUCACAAAGAGUGAAACACAGCUGAGUGACUGAGCACACACGCACAGCCUGGAGUGGAGCACUUGUCGAGAAUGGUUAUUGAGCCUGUGCGUCUAUCUGUCCCCCUCAGAGUGGUUUCAGCUUUACUUGAAUCCACUCUCUUGUUGCUGCUCCGAUCAGGCCGUUUUCUUCUUGAUAACUGGGUGACUGUCCAGAGGGCAGGGCAGAGUCUGCUGGGACUGCUUUAUCCAGGUUUCACUUUCGAAUAGUGAAGGAACCAGGGAAGGGCGGACUGAGCUGUCCGGGAUCGUUUCCGAGGGUCCCACGGUCUGGUAUCUGCAGAUACCCCUGGGCCAGGUUCUGCUGCUUCUCCACUCUCCUGAGACCACCUGCCCCCAGACAUGAGGAACUCAGACGUGGAUCCGGAUCAGGAUUGGGGCUCUGAGUGACUAACUUCAGGUGCAAAUUCUGAGGGCAGAUUUGGGGUCUGCCAGGGUCCCUGAACCUUCUCGUGCUGUUUCUCAUGCUGAGUUUAGAGACGCUUCUGAAGUCCUGGCCUUUCAGAGCAGCUCUGAGAUGGAGGACUUCUUCCACGGCUCUGUGCUCUGCCACCUCACCUCCCUGCUCCUCUUCACGCAGCUGCCCACUGGGGGUUUCGCACAGGAGUUCAGUGUGAUCGCCCCCCCGGACCCCGUUGUGGCAGUGCUGGGUGGGGAAGUCCUGCUACCCUGUCGUGUAUCUCCAGCCAUGAGUGCCGAAGACAUGGAGCUGAGAUGGUUCCGCUCCAAGUUUUCAGAAGCUGUGUUCAUCUAUCAAGACCGACUCGAGCAGAAAGAGGAGCAGAUGGCUGCUUACACAGGGCGGACCUCGCUGGUGAGGGACCUCCUCAGCCAGGGAGAAGCUGCUGUGCGUAUCCAGAAUGUCAAUGUUUCUGACAAUGGGCUGUACACCUGCUUCUUCAGAAAGGGAGGCUUCUACGAAGAGGCCAAUUUGGAGCUGAAGGUGGCAGGUUGGUGGCUUGAUAUUUUUGAUCCUGGCGUAUUGGAGUUGGGAGGAACUUUAGGGAUAAUGGCAAUCAAUCCCUCAUUUUAUAGAUAUGGAACAGGAGGCUCAUCCACUCAUUCCAUUAUUUGGUACAAACAUAUUGAAACCCUUCUCUAUGUCACAUCCUGUUCUGGGCACCUGGGAUACAUCAGUGAACCAAACAAUGUUCCCUGUUCUGUGGAGUUUAUAUUCUAGAGACAGUACAUAAAUACUUUGAUAAAUAGGUUAUAGAGGAAAUUAGGAGGUGGUAAGUGCAGUGUUCUUGCCCAGAGAAUCCCAGGGACGGCAGAGCCUGGUGGGCUGCCAUCUAUGGGGUUGCACAGAGUUGGACAUGACUGAAGCGACUUAGCAGCAACAGCAGCAAGUAUUAAUCCUUAAGAUAAA